CGUUUUCUCACUCUUCAAAUGUUGCUCUCAUACUUACUACUACUCUACAUUCUGCAACUUUCAGUACCAGAAGCCUAUUGUCAAUUCCGAAUGAUUCUCAUUUACGGAUCAGCUGUAAGCAAGACACCGAACAGUUUGACAGCAUUUAAAACCUUUGACGAAUGCACAAUUGGGUGUUUGCAAAUUAAAGACUGUUUCUUGGCCUAUUUCGGCUUUGGAAAAUACUGAUAUCUCGAACAUCCCAAAUAACACUUGUCCGGCAUCCUAUAAAGAUCUUAAGCUAUCACUAACUUCAUCAACUGGAGAGAAGUACUCUUGGACAAGAACACCCACUGGGUGGAAAAUCACAACCUGUAGAACUGGAUGGACCACAUUUGAACGGGACGAUAAAACGCUCGUUUGCAUGCAAAUUUUCCCGCCGCUUGAAUCAGACCCACGCAGCGAAGCAAUCAAUAAGUGCCAACAAGAUAAUGCAACUCUGGCAGGAAUUGCGUCAUUGGAAGAGGCAAAUUUGGUGCACAGUAAGUUUUGA